AAUACUUUCAUACUAAUGUCUGUGCUCUGUUUACUUUAACGUGCCGCAGUUUUACAUAAAACAGUAGAAAAGAGUUUAAAGUUCCAAAACAAAUUAAAUAAUAUAAUAAUAUAUAAUUAAAAGAGUUUUAGUUCGUAUUUGAAAUGCAGGCAGCCAGUGCAACUAUUCGUGUGCCUGUAAAGCGAUUUGGCUUGCUGCACCGAUUUUUGCCACCCAGUCGCCAAUUUGCAGCAACAGCUCCCAAAUGUGAGCCAAAAGAUCUGCCGCCGCAGUCGUCACUGCCGCCGUCACCGCCGCCGCCACCACCACCACCACCGCCGCCAUCAGCGAAGCUUUCCAUGAAGAUGCGUGGCUGGCAGCUACAUAACUAUGGCGAUAUAGAGGAACUGCAGCUGUCCGACAAGCUGAAGUUGCCUCAAAUCCGCAGCUCCGACGAAUGUCUGGUUCGGGUGCGCACCACAGCAGUGAAUCCCAUUGACUUAGCCAUGCUAGGUGGCUACGGAUCCAUGCUGCUCAAUCAAUUUCGCUGCCAGGCCAACGAUGACAUCGAAUUUCCCUUGACGCUGGGCCGCGAAUUCUGCGGCGAGCUCGUACAAAAGGGCAUGGGCGUCCGCAAUAAGCAGCUAAAGCUGGGGACUCGGGUGUGGGGCGUGGUGCCCAUACCUAAUAGCAAUGGAGCACAUGCUGAAUAUGUCGUGGUGCCGGCAUCCUGUCUAGCGCCAGCUCCGACGCAACUAGAUGACCUCGAGGCAAGCAGUGUUCUCUAUGCCGGCCUGACCGCCUGGUCGGGCAUGUAUAUAACCGGUGGGUUGGGUGGUCUAUGCGGCGCCACCACCUCAGCAGGCGGUGGUGCAAACAAACGCGUUUUGGUGCUCGGCGGAAGUGGAGGUGUCGGCUCGUUGGCCAUACAAAUGUUGAAAUCGCAAGGCGCUCAAGUGCUGGCCACUUGCAGUGAGAAUGCCGUGGAAAUGGUGCGCCAACUGGGCGCAGACUGCGUGGUGGACUACACAAAACCCGAAGCCAUGGAGCAGCUACGCACCUAUGCACCAUAUGACAUUGUUCUGGAUUGCGCCGGGCAGGGCGGACAGGCUGCAGCCGAAUCGUCAUACGAUUUCCUACAGUAUAUCACAUUCAGUUCUCCCCUGUUGGCCAAUAUCGAUGAGAAGGGCCUGUUUUUGGGCGCACUGCAGAACUUCUCGGACCUGGUGCAAACGAAUGUGAGGGCAGUCACGCAGCGAGGAGGACUCGUUAAGUGGGGCUAUUUUUAUCCUGCGGCGCAUGGCAUUGAGUUUCUGAGCGGUCUGGUGGAGCGGGGAAAAUUAAUACCGCCAAUCGAUAGCAGCUUUGAUUUCAAGGAUAUGCCAAAGGCCUUUGAACGGCUAAAGUGCGGUCAUAUGCGUGGUAAAAUAGUGGUGAAUGUACAAGUCUGAGUGUUAACAUAGUUG